CACGCUUUUUGAAAAAAACAAGAAAUUCUCUUCGUAUCUGCGAAAAUGGCUUCAAGAAACAGUAAACGUUCUUUGGAACCCUUUUUUGAUCAAUGUGAGGAUUCCGAUGUAUCUGUAAGAGAUUCUAAUGAUCAAUGUGAGGAUUUCCAUGCGCUUUUAAGAGAUUCUGAUGAUGAGUGCCUGAGUGAAACAUCUCAAAUAUUCAUCGAAAAUCCUAUUGACGGCAUUGAAAAUUAUUUUAGUGAUUCAGGAGAUGAACUCUUAAGUGAAACUUCGCAGAUAUUUUUGGAGAAUCCUUUGGUUUUGCCUCUUUACUAUCAAGUAGGCUCGGGAUAUGAGACUCAACCUUCUGCUCCAUCUAAAGGACCUGCAUAUGUGGAACAUGACAUUUCAGUAAAUAUGGAAAAUGCUAUUAUACUCAAAGAGAAGGCACGGCGUCGUAACCGAAAGUAUCAAGGCGAGGAAAAUAACCUUCCAGGCACGUGUUGA